AUGGCCAAAGCUGAGAAGAAAUCAUUUUCAAACGGCAGCAACUCAAAAGGGCUUUCGUUGAAUGGCCCAAAACAGGUAGCCGCCACUAAUAGUGUGUUCAAAUUCAACACCCAGUUAGGACAGCAUAUUCUUAAGAAUCCUUUGGUUGCCCAAGGAAUCGUAGACAAAGCAAAUAUAAGACCUUCUGACACAGUGCUUGAAGUUGGUCCAGGUACCGGUAAUCUUACUAUGAGAAUUUUACAAAAGGCUAGAAAAGUUAUUGCAUCCGAAAUGGACCCACGAAUGGCAGCAGAGCUCACCAAGAGAGUUCAAGGAAAACCAGAACAGAAAAAACUAGACAUAAUACUUGGCGACUUCAUAAAGCAGGAUUUGCCCUACUUUGAUAUUUGUAUCUCUAACACUCCUUAUCAGAUUAGUUCUCCUUUGGUAUUCAAGUUGUUGAAUCAGCCAAAACCUCCAAGAGUGGCCAUCCUGAUGUUUCAAAGAGAAUUUGCAUUGAGACUGUUAGCAAGACCUGGUGAUUCAUUAUACUGCAGGCUUAGUGUUAAUGUACAGAUGUGGGCUAACGUGACUCACAUAAUGAAAGUUGGUAGAAACAAUUUUAGACCCCCUCCACAGGUCGAGUCUUCUGUUGUACGUAUUGAGGUUAAGAACCCAAGACCUAACAUCGAUUUCAAUGAAUGGGAUGGACUUUUGAGAAUCUGUUUCGUUAGGAAGAAUAGAACAAUCUCUGCUGGCUUUAAGAAUAAGUCUGUGAUUGAAAUUUUAGAAAAAAAUUACAAAACUUACCUUGCUACGAUAGCUGCUGAGAACAACCAGAUGUUUGUGGAGGAGCCAGAUAACAACAUGACUGACCUGAUCAAGGAAAAAGUCAAUCUAGUUCUCGACCAGACAGGAUUUUCGGAUCAAAGAGCUGGAAAAUUGGAUCAAGUGGAUUUCUUGAAGUUGUUGUACGCUUUCCACAAGGUGGGAAUACAUUUUGCAUAG